UUUCUAAACGAUACCCCUCCGUUUAUCCUCCCAACCAAGUAUACCCACCCUAGCAACCGUACAGUCUACUUCGACGCAACAAAUUGGUGUCCCUCGAAGCCAACGGCGCAAUGUUCAAUCCCCCCUCGCUACCCGCCGCACAAUCAGAACAAGCAAAUUCGAGCCAGUCGACAUCUGCUGCCAGCAACGACGCGUCCACAAUGCCUCCAACACCAUCCCUUACGCUCAUACUCGCCGCAACACCUAGUCUCGGCAUAGGGAAAGGAGGGGGUCUACCAUGGCCGCAAUUGAGGAAAGAAAUGGGGUACUUUGCUAGGGUGACGAAGCGCGUUUCGCCCUCGUCAUCAACAUCACCAUCGUCAUCGCCAGCGAAUCACAGUGUGCGACGAAUCAACGCAGUGCUCAUGGGCCGCAAAACAUGGGCCUCAAUUCCGGCAUCGUUUAGACCGCUGAGAGACCGGGUGAACAUCGUCAUUACACGGCAGCCCGAGGCGUUUCAAGCCCAACUGGGCAAGGACAAUGGAGGUGUAGAAGGCCCGCUAGUGUGCUCAGGCAUCGUUGAUGCGCUGUCGCGACUUGAACAGCUGCGCAGGAUAAACGAUGAGAAUGUACAUGUUGAGCGCAUUUUCGUGAUUGGUGGCGCGAGCGUGUAUCAGAGUGCGCUGGAAUUGCCGCAGACGAAGCGCGUGCUGCUUACCAGAAUACAAAGCGAGUAUGAGUGCGAUACAUUUUUCCCGGUGGAUGUGGAGUCGAGUAGUGUGUGGAGAAAGGUGGGGAGGGAUGGGUUGAAGGAGUUUACGGGCGAGGAUGUGCAGGAUGAGGGGGUGGAGGAGAAGGGUGUGAAGUUUGAGUUUUGUCUGUACGAAAGGGAUUGACGAGGGGUGUAGAGGGGCGCAUUGAUGAAUAAAUGACAUGUGCGACGCAUUUCUUUCUUACAUAUUUGCUUACCCUCUGUUCUCCCAUGGUGUCUUUCCCUUCCCUGCGGUUCAGUAGGUAGACGGGAGACGAUAUAUCAUAAUGAAUAGACUACGAAUUAGCACAAAAUGGCAUACACUGGCAC